AGCAAGGAACUGUCAAUCCCAGCUCAGCGGCGAAGCGGAAUCCCUCCCACUCUGUUAAUGCGCGCCGCUGCCGAAAGGAGGCGCGGUCACGACACAACAGGAAGUCAGCCACCGUACGUCUGUACUGAGCAACGAUCAGCAGAAAAAGGACGUGACACUUCAACUCCAGUAAUAAAGUUCAGUCUUCAGAUUUGUCCACACAGCGUUCUGAAAAUGUCUUCUGGUGCUCUCUUUCCGAGCUUGGUCAGCGGCUCCAGGGGAAGUUCAAGUAAAUAUCUCGUAGAGUUUCGUGCUGGUAAAAUGACCCUGAAGGGAAAUGUAGUGACACCAGACAAACGCAAGGGCAUGGUGUACAUCCAGCAGUCUGACGACUCCCUGAUUCACUUCUGCUGGAAGGACAGGACAACUGGUAACGUUGACGAUGACCUAAUAAUCUUCCCAGAUGACUGUGAAUUUAAGAGGGUGAAUCAGUGCACCACUGGACGGGUCUAUGUGCUGAAGUUUAAAGCAGGAUCCAAGCGACUGUUCUUUUGGAUGCAGGAGCCAAAGACAGACAAAGAUGAGGAAUACUGCCGGAAGGUGAAUGAGUACUUGAACAACCCCCCAAUUCCAGGCGCACCAGGAAGUGGAGGCGGCAGCGGACCAGAGCUGUCUGCACUGGGAGGCGAGGGAGGCCUGCAGAACCUGCUAGGAAAUAUGAGCCACAACCAGCUGAUGCAGCUGAUUGGACCCACAGGGCUGGGUGGACUGGGAGGCCUGGGGGCUCUGGCAGGACCAGGACUUGCCAACUUACUAGGUGGUGGUGGACCAGCUACAAGCAGCUCCUCGUCCAGUUCUCGUAGCCAGUCAGCAGCAGCUACUCCUUCAUCAACAGGAGCCUCCAGACUGAGCUCCUCUCAGGCUCCCACCACCCCUGUGACUCCUGCUGCCUCCGCUGUGACACCUUCCACACCAGCUGCUGCUCCGACUCCUCUGGCCCCAGCCUCUGUUGGGAGCCCUACACCACACCAGCCCAUCCAGCUGAGUGACCUUCAGAGCAUCCUCGCCACCAUGAAUGUCCCGGCGUCAGCUGCUCAGGGAACAGCAGUGGACCUCGCAAGUGUUUGCACUCCAGAGAUGAUGGCCCCCAUUCUGACUAAUGCUGAGGUCCAGCAGAGGCUGCUGCCCUUCCUGCCCAGUGGUGAGAGUUUACCACAGUCUGCUGAGGAGAUCCAGAACACACUUAAUUCACCUCAGUUCCAGCAGUCCAUGAGCAUGUUCAGCAGCGCCCUGGCCUCGGGGCAGCUCGGCCCCCUCAUGAGUCAGUUUGGUCUGCCAGCGGAAGCUGUGGACGCUGCCAACAGAGGAGAUGUCGAAGCCUUCGCCAGAGCCAUGCAGGGCAGUAAAGGAGAGAAGAAGGAUGACGAUGAGGACAUGAGUCUGGAUUAGAGUCGAAAACUUAAACUAAAAACAUACAAAAAAACAAAUCUAUAAUUCAUUUCAGUAUUUCAUUUUUCUUUUUACCUCCCUCUCUCUCUCUGUUGUUGUUUUAUAACUGUAGCUCCUGUGUUUGCGAGCAGGUUCCACACAUCUGUGAAAGGAUAAAGUUGUGUCAGUAGUUUUAACUGUGAACACCAACUAAACUUGUCCUAAUGAACAGUUCAGUCCAUGAUGAGAGGAAUGUUUGAGAACAAUGGGUGUUUGAGUCGGGACUUUGUUGAGGUUUUAUUUCCUUCUUUUUUUGUUUUCACACUUUUGUUUUAGUGAUUUAUCAUCAUAAUCAAAAUAAAUCAUACAUGAAUAAA